AUGAGCUUCGUUUCUGCCAUCAUUCUGUCAUGUAUGGUAACGGCUGCCGACGCAUCGCUGUAUGAUUUCAUCUAUAUUGGAGAAUGUGUGCUCGGCUAUAACCCUUUUGUUCUGCUCCUUAAACAUGGAUGCUAUUGUGGAUUCGGAAAUUUCGGUGACAAUGUGACUGCUGAAGAUGGAUAUGAUAAGUGCUGUAAGGCUCACGAUGAUUGCUACGGAAAUUUGGUAAACAAAACACAUGAAUGUAGGAGCACUUUGCAAGAAUACCUAUCACCCUACACAGUUAGGUGCCACAAGAGAUGCACUGCAACCUGUCAUGUACCAUUCCCCUUCAGCCUGUUUCCGAGCGUGGUGAAUUGUUCGAUGGGACUGUGCAGAUGCGACAUACAGAUGAUGGAAUGCUGGCGAAAGGUGCAAUGGAGUAAUGAAAAGAAUGGAUCUAGGCCGGAUAAGAGGAUUUGCCGGAAUGGUGGAGAAAAACCACCCACAGGAAUACAGGAGAAGGGCACUUGGCUCGAAAAUCUAUUUCUCUACAUGGAGUUCAAAAGCAAUAUGCCAUGGAUUGAAUAUCUCAAUUCAAAUAGAACGAAUCUUAGUCUUUUACCUGAAUCAAAGUGUAAAGAAUAUGCGAACGAAACAACAGGUGAAAGUAAUGACAUCUUAUUUGGUGCAUAUAGUAAAAAAACCAAUGAUGUAUAUAGUAACCAUAUCCCACGUCAUCCUGAUAGAACGGAUGUGCGUGGUAAUGUGUUCGACAAUGAGCUAGAACAUGUAGUUCCUUUUGUUUGA